AUGUCCGAUGCGCCAACCAGCCGUAAAUUUGCCAGGACCUGCGACACCUGCAAGUCCCGCAAGGUUCGUUGCUCAGUCAAUGUCGAAGUCACAGUCAACAACUCGCAAAGUCCAGGGGAACAUAGCCCACGCAUAACUGAAUCCGCUGGUGGUCAACCCGCCGACAAUUUGCCAAAUCUCUAUGUUGACAAGCUUCUGGCUCAGGCUCGAACUACGGGUAGCCUGAAGGACAGCAAACCAUUUGCCGUUGAGUCCAGUCUCGCCUACCACGACAUGACACGGCCAUAUUUCACACGGGCUCAUCCCCUCUACCCGUUCCUUGACAGGAAAGCCUUCGAGGACACCAUGUUGGCUCCAACGUUCUUGCAGGAGCCCCAGCACAACAAAGCCUGGUUGGCUUUGUAUAAUGCUGUUCUUGCUCUGGGCUGUCAGCUCUGUGAGGCCGCCAGGAGGGCCCAGAAUCUCCGGAGUCACAAACUUCCAGAAAGCAGUACCUUCAUCUAUCAAAAGGCAUUUUGGACCCUUUAUUCAGUUGAGAAGAUUUCCAGUUUCCACUUCGGCAGGCCUUCUGCGUUUGCUGAUCACGACAUCUCGGUCCCGAUUCCAGUAGUCCCUGAAGCUAUAUUCGGCGACUAUGAUUGGAUGUUGGCAAACGCACGUUAUGGGCGACUACUCUCCCGGGCGGCGUCUUCUCUCUUCUGCGCCGGUGUGACGGGGAAGACCGAGGAAUACUUCCUAGAGGUCAUCGACCAGCUCGAGCGCGAGUUGGAGCAAUGGAGAAUGACGACCCCAGUGAAUGGAAAGCCGAAUGACACAUUCAGGAUCAAUCUCAUUGAGACCUCUCUCCUCAGGACGGCUUCUGUCUGGACCCACCUUAUGUACAACAGUUUCAGGUUGGCCCUCUGCCGCGCGAGGCUGUAUCUGGCGGCGAGGACACGCGGGCUCGUGAGUACGGUCAGUCAGGCCGAAAGCACGAGUAUCAUGUCCGAGGCCGCGCGGAACGUGCUGGAGUUGGCAGCUUUCAUCGACGUGGAUCCCUCUACUCCGUUUUGGUUCGCUGCUGGGAUCCCUAUGGCGUCACUCCUGGUCGUAUUUGACGUGGUAAUAAGCUAUCCGAAACACGCGGAAACAAACACGAACCUGGCUCUGCUGGAUGUCGGGGGCGGCCACUUCAGCAGGAUCGAGUACGCGAGUGCUGGUUGGCUUCCGGGCUCUCUCCUAACUCAGCUCUCACAAAUCGCUCGAGAGUAUGUGAGCAGGGGCAAGACUAAUGAUGGGAGCAGCGUGCCACCUGGCAAGCCACACAUCGAGAGAGUCACAUCAACAAGCUCAGAAAAAGUACCUCAACCGGCGCUGAAUAGCGAGCUUGGAGCCACGAGCGGUCCUCCUCUGCAGCCCGCGUUUGACACGGUGCCGGACGACUCUGAUCUGAAUACAGAGAACCAGAUUAGUGUGAUGGAUGAGACGGAUAAAUUAUUUGAUCCGACCUUUAACAUUUACAAUGCGAGGUCAAGCCUUCAAGUGUCGAAGAAUAGCGAGAAUGAAAACUUACUGCAGGGGACAGACGCCCAAGUACGCGUGUCCGAGCUGCAACUCGCACACCUGCUGAUUGGUCUACAACAGGUAGCAUAA